CUUCACUGCGGGCUAUUUAUAUGUCCUUCAGUCCUUAGUUUACUAUCAUUAAGUAGGAGUGAUUUAUAAUACGAAGUACUACAUAGUAGUUAAUUAUUUACUUAGUCCAAGCUAAGCAAGAAAUGAUUGAGAAGCUUUGGGAUGAGGUUAUGGCCGGACCUCACCCCGGCGAUGAGAGCACCCGCGGCGGCGGCGGCGGCCUUGAGAAGCUUCUGAAGACCCGCCCCCUCUCUAUCCAGACAAGUGUAGUGGAUGAAGCAGCCGCAGCUGGCGGCAGCAGCAAGUGGUACCAAAGGUCGCCGGCAAGCCCAACGACCCCUUCCCCGACGGCGCGUAAGGACAACGUGUGGAGGAGCGUGUUCCACCCAGGAAGCAACCUUGCCACCCGGAAUAUCGGUGCCGAAGUCUUCGACAGGCCUCUUCACCCCAACUCUCCCACAGUUUACGACUGGAUGUAUAGUGGAGAAACAAGAUCCAAGCACCGUUGAAGAGAUCGAUCGAUCCACGGUCUGAAACUGUUCGAUCGGGUCAUAACCAAUCGGCUCAGGGUUGUAGCUACAAAAUUAAACGUACCCAUCAAAAUAAUUUCAUGAUCUUGAGCCGUCUGAUUGUGAUCCAACGCCCCUUGCGAAUGUGAUCACCGCCAGUGCUCUGUUUUAAGCUUCAAUCAUCUUUCCUUUCUGAUCUGUUGUUUUUGUUUAUCAAUACUACUGCUACGCUAAAUUGUAAAUGUAUCUCCGGUUUCUGUGUGUUAUCUUGGCCUCUGUUUGCUUGCUUGCACUUCUUUUUGUUUGCUUAGGAUGUUACUUGGUCUGGUUUGGUCUGAUUUUUUGUAUUUUUAUGACUAUCCAAGUUUAAUCUGGUCUGUGACAAAUUAAACAUCCUUACACUUCUUUUUGGUGAAGUGAAUUUGUGAGUUUAAGAGUCUAUUUCUCAAUUAUUAAGAGGCCAACACUUCUUUUUGGUGAAGUGAAUUUGUGAGUUUAAGAGUCUAUUUCUCAAUUAUUAAGAGGCCGUUUGGCAUCGGCUUAUUGGCUGAAAUUAGUACUGAUGAUCAUAUCAGUUAUAUAUAUAUAUAUAUAUAUAUAUAUAUAUAUAUAUUUCUUUUUUUAUUAAUACAAUAUAUUUCCUAAUUUGUUAUGCUUUUCAAAUUAUUCAAGUUAUGCUUUUCAAACAUUUAAACUAUAAAAUACUCCCAUAUACUCCCUAUAUAUAUAUAUAUAUAUAUAUAUAUAUAUAUAUAUAUAUUUCUUUUUUUAUUAAUACAAUAUAUUUCCUAAUUUGUUAUGCUUUUGAAAUUAUUCAAGUUAUGCUUUUGAAACAUUUAAACUAUAAAAUACUCCCAUAUACUCCCAUAAAACUUUGUCUAUCUUUCCUUUCCUUUUUCGGACAUCCCAAAAACUUUUGUCAUUCUUCCUUUUAAUCAAUAUUUCAUGAUUUCUAUUAAUUCUUUCUUCUCUGCACAAAUUUCAACCACACAGUUUUUAUUUUAUUUUUCUCCGUGUCGGUCAACUUUGGCAAAGUUUUAAUGGACGGAGAUAGUAAUAGAACAUCGUGGAAUCUAUUAUCAAAGCCCGACCAAAUGAAUGAUCGGGUCAAUGGUCAACGGCCACUAAAUCCGGUCAAUAUUCUUUUAAAAUAAAAUGUAAAAAUUAUUUUAUUAUUAGUAUUUAUAAUUUCAAUAAUCAUAUUAUACAAAUUAUAAAUAAUAAUCAUUGAACAUGAAACUUUUACUAUAAAGUUAAAUGUGUAAUGUAGAUAAUGAGAUUCAAAAUGCAUUUGAACUUAGCUAAAUGUUAGCAUAUAAAAUGUGAAUGCAACAUUUAUUAGUAAACCAUUAAAAUAACAAGUAUUUUUACUCAUAUUUGGUAUCUUUGUUCUAAAAAUCAUUCUAGGCGUCCGACUAGUCCCCGCCUAGGCGUUAGAGGUGGCCGGUCGCCCCGAUUUUCAUCUAGGCGCUCCGACUAAUUUGUUUGCCGUCUAGGUGAAUUAGUCGACCGCCUAUGAGGCCUAGCUGCCCGCCUAGAGCGCCUAAUCGACCGCCUAGGCUGACUAGAUUCGCCAAACAUUACUUUACUUUUUAAUUUUAAUUUUCUAAGCGAUAUACGUACUUUAGCUUUAGCCAUGGAUAUAAAGAAAUGAAGUUGUAAAUUAAGAUAAAACUAUAUAUGUUUCAAUAUAUGCCUAAAUUUCAUCAUUAUUUAUAUUUAUAACAUAAUGAAGUUAAGCGAUUAGUUAUCAUAUACUACGUAUGAUUAAAUGUGAUAAUUCUAUCAUUCAUGUUUGUUAAUGUAUAUGUGUGUGUAUUUUAUACACACAAAAAUACAAAUUUACUUAUCAUAUUUAUGCAAAUAUAUAGAUAAAAAUGUAAUUUAUUUGUCUCCGACUAGUCCCCGACUAGGCGCCCGCUUAGCCGCCUAGGCGCUAGGCGCUGGGCUGGCACCCGACUAGCGCCUAACGCCUUUUAGAACAUUGUUUGGUAUAGUAAUAGAAAUACGGAGUACUAUGUAUAAUGUGAUGAAUAAUUAAUAACAGAUAGGAUAUAAUAGUAUUAAUUUAUAGUUAAAUAACACAAAUGAACAACUUGCUUAAGAACCAAGCAUUCCAGCCCAGCUGGUUGUGAGGUUACCGUGCCUAGUGGGAGGUCUCGAGUUCGAAUCCCGCUAGGCACACAAGGGUGUAAAACUCAAUGGAGUGAGUUUCAACCCUUAUUACUCAAGGCCCCCCCAACCCCCUCCCCCAGACCCCCCUGGAGUAAAAAAAAAAAAAGAACUUGCUUAAGUAGUACAAAUGGUAUAAAAAUAAAAAUUCAAAUUAAAAACGGCCAGGUUUGCAGGUUCCAAACAGGUUCCGGUCCUAGUUUGUACCCGGAUUUUGGGCGGGUCAUCUGGUUUUCUGAGAUUAGCCUGAUUUGCAAGUUGGACCCUAACUAGCCUGGUAUUCCGAUCCAAGCGUGUCGCCGGGUUCCGGGUUGACUCGUCUAGGCCAGUCGGGUUUGUUAAUAUUAGGUCAAAAUUUGAAUAAAGAAAAGAAAAUUGAACAUAAAAAUAAAAUGUAAGUUAAAAAAUAAUCUCACCAGAUUAUAACGUUUAUUCCUUACCAGAUUCAUUGUGUAUUCAUGAGUCUCCCUAGCUCUUUUAAAUUUAAGUUAUUGACAUUAAAACUGACAAAUGAAUUGUUCAAAAAAAAAAAACUGACAUGAGAAGGCGAAGUUACAAUACAUCCUCAUUAAAGAAUUGUAAUACCUCAAAUAUUUAAUUAAAAUAUGAAAUGUACGGAUGUGAAGUGUUUAUAUCAUGAUUAUUUAAUAUAAAUUGUGAGGAGUAUGUGAUACUUUUUUAUAAAAUAAUAUAUUAUGUUGGGUGGUGAGAUAUAAAACACCACUAUGAUUUUGAUGUAAUUUAAAGAUAAAUUUUGACAACAUAUUUUUAUUUUACGAAGUAAAAUAAUUUUGUACCUUCAGUCAUUUUGAGUGUAAAGUGUUUUAAUUGUCAAACAAGCCAUAAAGAUUUUAGUUUAUUGCGCGGGAACUCCAAAGGGUUGAAUCCCCACCCUAAAGGCCUCCAGGCCUCGACCCUACAAGACAUUGAGAGGAUUUAAGUUACGGCGACUCGGUCAACAUAAUGAUGGUAGACAUUGUAUCUGUGUGCACCAGAGGCCCAGUCUAGCACACAUGAGUUGUAACCUCCGUUGCGGGUUUCGAUCAACGGAGCUACUCAUGCGGGUUAGUCUAUUGUGUCCGAAUAAGGUGUUUAGUUGCCUAGAGCUUUAGAUUCGCCUUAUAUUUUAUUUGCUUUCAAAUUUAAUUUUCAAGACAUUUAUGUAAUAUGUGCUUUUAACUUUAACUGCAUAUAUAUAUAUGAAGAAAGCUAUUUGUAGAUAUAUAUAAAUAACACUAC